UAGGCUCAAGUAACAACCAUUGUGCACUCUACUCUAAUCUAGUCUAGUUUGUCUCACUUUAUGUUUGGAGUAGCACACCGUCGUCGAGUCCAACUGAGUGACGGGUAUGUAUGGUAAGUGUAUAUAUACGGACCCCCACUCACCUUCCAGCACUCCUCUCCCCCACGCAGAGUGAGAGAGUAAGACAGAAAGAGACAGAGAGGUGCUUCCUCCCUUCCUUUUAGGAGGAGGAGGAGGAGGGAGGAUUUGUUCUCAUUUUCACGCCAACCAGCCAUUAAUGCCCUUCAGUGGUUAAGCGUGACCACCCUCUCUUUUCCCCUGUAAUUUGUCCCCCAACCUAUUCUAUUCUAGGUCUCUCUACUCUAGCCGUGCACUGAAUGAAAGCCUAUAGAUUGACCGAGUUAAUUGGAGGAGAGGAGAGGAGAGGAGAGGACUGAGGAGAGUCAUUGCAAUUUGCAAGUGGUGUUGUAGUAGUAGUAGUAUGUGAUGGAGUUGAAUAAGGUAACGAUGGAGAUUUUCUCCAGGCUGGAGCAGAAAUGGUUGCACUUGCACCACUGCGAGGGCAAGAUCAAAACACGUGUUCUCACCAUUGACGGUGGAGGAACCACCUGUGUUAUUGCCGGAGCCGCCUUGGUUCAUCUCGAACACCAGAUCCAAGCCAAAACUGGCGAUUCCAACGCUCGGAUUGCUCACUUCUUCGAUAUUGUUGCCGGCACUGGGAUCGGCGCGCUCCUCGCCGCAAUGCUCGUCGCCGAUGACGGCGCUGGUCAUCCGCUCUACUCUGCUAGGGACGCCCUUAACUUUAUUGCUAGAAAUCGAACGGCACUAUUCAAAGUUAAACACGUUGGCGUUUUCCGCCGGCGGAUGAGGUUAUCGGGGACGAGCAUGGAUUUGGCGUUGAAGGAAGCAUUCAAGAGAGAUGAUGGCAAGGUCUUAACCCUCAGGGACACAUGUAGGCCUCUCCUUGUCCCCUGCUUCGAUUUGAACACCUCGGCGCCGUUUGUUUUCUCUCGAGCCGACGCUUCCGAGUCGCCGAGCUUCGAUUUCGAGCUUUGGAAAGCCAUUCGCGCCACGGCAGCGACGCCGUCAAUGUUCAAGCCGUUUAAGCUAACCUCGUGUGACGGAAAAACCUCCUGCUUAGCCGUGGAUGGUGGGAUUGUGAUGAACAAUCCCACCGCAGCGGCCGUCACACACGUUCUUCACAACAAGCGCGAUUUCCCCUCUGUUACUGGCGUGGAUGAUCUGUUGGUGCUGUCGCUCGGAAACGGACUAAGCAGACCGUCGACGAUGAAGCUCGGCCGCCACGGUGACUGCUCGACGGUGUCCAUCCUAGGCAUUGCACUCGACGGCGUCUCCGAAACCGUCGAUCAAAUGCUCGGCAACGCCUUCUGUUGGAAUUCCAAUAAUUACGUCAGAAUACAGGCCAACGGCGAGGCGGAGGAAGCACUGGAUGAGAGAGGAGUGGAGUCGUUGCCGUUCGGCGGCAAGCGGUUGCUGGCGGAGACAAACAGAGAGAGGAUCGGAAGGUUCGUACAACAGCUAAUCGUAACGGGACGGAGUAGCCUGCCACCGAGUCCGUGCAAGGAAACGGCCGUUAGUAAUGAAGAAGUAUACACAAGUGGAAUAAAAGUACGAUCUGGUACUUAUAUAGGUGGAUGGAGGUGGUAAAUUUUUGUGGGGCACAGAGACAUACAUUUAUUAUUUAAUAUAGAGAAGAGACUGAAGCUGUUGAGCUAGUAAUAUUAUUUAUUUCUGUCCUUGCUUAGCUUGGUUGCUGAUUAUGAAUACAUCAUCAGGGGUGUGCCUGAAUUUAUGUAUUGUUAGGCUAGGUAGAACAUGUUUUAAGUUGGUAUAGUUAAUUGAAUUAGAUAGUGUGUGUGGGUGUAUUAGCAGGCAGCAGUUAGCUGAGACAUAAUAAGGGGGUGUCUGUCUGUCUGUCUUAAAUACUCCUAUAUUGGUAUGGACCUGAACAAAAGGGGUGGCGUGUCUGCAGUAUGAAUGAAUGAAUGAAUAGCUCUGUUUUGAUGGACAAACGGGUUAGAAGAAUCAGCAGCAGGCAGGUGGAUAGAUGAGAUUUGAUUGAUUCAUGGUGUGUGUGUGUGUGGGGUAUUGGGCUUGCAAAAAUCACCUGAGGCUGAGGGUGGACACAGAUAGAAAAAGUAGGACUGAUCAGUGAUGAUAUGUGUAUAUAUAUAUAUAUAUAUAUAUUUAUAUUUAUAUGAGGUGGUGCUCCCGAUCCCGAUCCCGGACAGUUCCGAUGCGUUCUCCCUUACUACUGCAUGCCAAUUGCCAAGUUGAAUUGUAUUUGUAAUAUGAUGACACAUAUUAUAAUA